AUGUCCUCAACUCCAGCUACUAUGCGUGCCCUUCUCCUGACCAAAGCUCCCGGAGCGACCGCGCCUCACAUCACCCUCACCACCAAGCACCCGCUCCCGAUGCGGCAGCCAGGCCAUGUCCUUGUUCGCAUCCACGCUUCCGCCAUCCACCCGUCUGACCUGCUUAAUGCACUUGGCGGCUUUGGACAUAACGUCUUCCCUCGAGUCCCCGGGCAUGGUGUAGCUGUCUUUGGCACCUCUGGCUCGACUCACACCUUUACCGUCGAUGGCUUUCAAGCAGACUAUGCCGUUGUUCCAGAGCGCGCCGUCGUGCCUAAGCCCGAUUCGUUGAGUCAUGUCCAAGCCGCGACCCUCGGGGUGCCCUUUACGACCGCAGCACUGGUGGUCCGCCGAUCCGAAGUCAAGGCUGGUGACACUGUGCUAGUGAUUGGUGCUCAUGGAAAUGUCGGUAGAUGUGUGUGCGUGCUGCUUGAGGAAAUGGGCUGCAAGAUUCUGCGGGCUGUCCUUGGGCAAGGUGCCGACAUUGACACAUCUGCAGACCCGGAACUCAAGUCGGUUAGUAGGCUUGCACCUACAGGCGUCAACGCUGUUAUCGACACCGUAGGUUCUCCCUCACUUUCGAGUGCAGCUAUUGAGGUGGCUCUCGGUCAUGCUGGGCGACUGGUCUUCAUCGCGGCCCCGCGUGCGCGUGGGUCGUCAGUUGCUCAUCUGUGUACCAACAUGCUGGACUUUUACCGGGCGGAGAAGAGUCUCGUCGGCGUGAACACCGUUUCACACAGCAGUGAACAGAUGGCUGGCCUACUCCGAGAAUUAGAGCCAUUGUUUGAGAGCGGGAGGUGGAAGUACGCCGUGUCAGGAGAGUGGGAAGAGGUAUGCAUUGAGAAUGCUGCUGAGGCAUAUGCCAGCAAUGAUGGCAGAAAAAGCGUGAUUACAAUGGCAUGA